UUGGAAUACGUGAGGCAUACAGGUAACAAGUAGCAGCUAACAGCCAACAGCCAACAGUUGUCAUGAAACGUAUAAUUAUCGCAAUUAGCCUGCUGGUUCUGUUGACAACAGUCAAUGCUAAGCAAGAUACAACUUCGAACGAAGUGGUUAAGCUGGGCUACAAUCCCACAUAUGAUAUUUGGUACUUUCUACCAACCGGGCGACCAGAUGACGUGCCCGACUACGUCAAGGAUGCCUACGAAGAGAGAAAGGUUGGCGGUGUUUGCUUUAAAUCACCAGAUAAUUGGUUUUUCUGCGCAACAGGAAAGAAAAUAACACCCAAAUAAUAUUUGAUGCAUUUCAAAUUGGCCCGAAAUUGUCACAACGUGCGAAAAAAAUAAAAAUUAAUUUGUAUUACUAAAAAUAUACGUAUAUAAUAAUAUUAGGUCCACGAUCCCAUCGUAUGUAACUUGUAAUUUUGUACAUUCCCUGUGCGAUCACGGCAAGUUUGUUGUAAACGUAAUUAGAUAGAAUUACUGAUAAUGGAGAUAACGUUUUACAACUUUGAAACAUUGUGAAAUUACUGCAAAUAGAAUUUCCAACAAAGAAACAUUUUGCCGAGAAAACAAUUGCUAUUUAAUAAUAAAGAUAAUGUAAGCGUAAUAAAGAUAAUUUAAGCAAGUUAUGAUCAAAUUGAUCAAGCAGAGGCUAUAAAAUGCGAACCGGGAACUGGUUGUAAUCUAUUAAUUAAUGGUUGUUAGUAAUAUGAGUGAAAAUAAUAUACUUAGGUAGUCACCAACUUUCCGCAUAACUUUUUGUGCCUCAUU